AUGAUAUUUACGGCGAUUCUAAGCUUCGCAGUGGUCGUGUGCCUCUUGCCGCAGCUGGUUCUCAGUCAGAAUAGUUGCAUCACUCCGAACAAAGCAGUUGGCACCUGCAUAAGGUAUCAGGAGUGUCCGUUUGUGCAGAAUAUUAUCAAUCUAUACGGACGUAAUAUACCACGGAAUAUUCAUAGCCAAAUCGCUCAGAUGCAGUGCAGAAGCACUACAAAUACUCAAGACUUCCAUCUUUGUUGCCCCAAUGAAGCCACCCCGCAGUCGUCAUCCAACCAGGAGUCCCAGCGAAAGGUUGUGCGAUCGGAGAGUGGUAAUCUGAACCGGUACGAUCGACAGGGUCUGCAGCUGCUGAACUCGGUGACCAACUGCGGCAACAAAGGCAAUCCCAAGGUCAGCGGUGGAAGGACAGCCAAGCCAGGAGAUUUUCCCUGGGUGGCCCUGCUCAAGUACAAGAUCAACGCCGAUCGUCCCUUUCUCUGCGGUGGAAGCCUUAUCAGUGAGCGCCACGUCCUCACCGCCGCCCACUGCAUCAUCUCGCAGCCCGAAGUAACUGCAGUUCGCCUGGGUGAGCAUGACCUGGAUUCGGAGGAGGAUUGCCACUAUUUGGGCGGCACUACCCGCGUCUGUCUGCCUCCCUACGAGGAGUACGGCGUGGAGAAGAUUCGUGUGCAUCCCAACUACGUCCAUGGCCAGAUCGGAUACGACAUAGCCAUCAUCCAGCUGAAUGGAGUGGUUAAGGAGAAGACUCAUAUUAAGCCCGUGUGCCUGCCCAUCGAUCCGAAGUCCCAGGAACUGGCCUAUGACCAGAGCUUCUUCAUCGCCGGAUGGGGCGGAACCGAGCAUGGCAGUGCAUCCGCCAAGCUGCAACAGGCCCUGGUCACCCGGAAGAAUCUGGACGAGUGCCGGCAGUACUACAACAAGGGUGAGGUUAGUCAGAACCACAUUUGCGCCACGGGAUCCGGAAUCAAGCACACCUGCCGCGGAGAUUCCGGUGGCCCGGUGUUCUUUACGCAUCGAUUCAAGAACAAAUACCGAGUGGUUCAGUACGGCGUGGUCUCCUUCGGCAACAGUCACUGCGGCCAGAACAACAAUCAGCCGGGAGUCUUCGCCAGCGUUAUCGACAUGCUUCCCUGGAUCACCCAGAACCUGCAGUGUUUACAAUUUAAUUACCAUACAGAGAGCAGUUGCGUCAUUCCAAACGGAGCAGCGGGUCAUUGCGUAAAACACGAGGAGUGUCCUUUUGUGCAGAAGAUUAUCGGGAUCUUCGGCGAUAAUAUACCACUUUAUAUUCAAAACCAAUUCAGUCAGAUGCAGUGCAAAACUAAUGUAAAUACGAAGGAAAUCCAUAUUUGUUGCCCUAACGAGUCUGUCGAAGACGAUUCUAAGAGUAAGGUCGUGCGAUCGGAGAGCAAAAAUCUGAAUCGUUACGAUCGACGGGGUCUGAGGUUGCUGAACUCGGUGACAAAUUGUGGGAUAAGACGUCCUCCUCCCCUGACCGUAGGUGCGGGCGGGAGGACAGCCAGACCCGGUGAAUAUCCUUGGGUGGCACUGCUCAAGUACAAGAUCAACGAUCUACGUCCCUUCCUCUGUGGUGGCAGCCUUAUUACCGAGAGACACAUUCCCACCGCAGCCCACUGCAUCAUCUCGCAGCCUGAAGUAGUUGCGGUCCGCCUGGGCGAGCACGAUCUGGAGACGGAGAAGGACUGUUACUUCUUCAACGGCAAGAAGCAAAUUUGCCUUCCAAUGAUCGAGGAGUACGGCGUGGAGAAGAUACGAGUGCAUCCCAGCUACGUUCAUGGCCAGAUCGGUUUCGACUUAGCCAUCAUCCAGUUAGAUCGCGUGAUUGACCAAAUAUGGAAUAUUAAUCCCGUUUGCCUACCCAUCGAUAAGCAAUCCCAGGAACUGGCCUAUGACCAAGGCUUCUUCAUCGUCGGAUGGGGUGCAACUGAGAAUGCGACUUUUGCCCCCCAACUCCAAGAGGUCCUGGUCUCGCGGACUGAUCUGGAUGAGUGUCGGCAAUACUACAACAAGGACGAGGUGAAUGACAGCCACAUCUGCGCCACGGGAACCGGCAUCAAGCAGACUUGUCGUGGAGAUUCCGGCGGACCACUGUUCUUCGAGCACCGAUUCAAGAACAUGUACCGAGAGAUACAGUACGGCGUUAUCUCAUUUGGAGGAAGUUACUGUGGCCAGGAGCAGAAUCAACCGGGAAUCUUCGCCAGCGUCAUCGACAUGCUUCCUUGGAUCACACAGAACCUGCAAUAG